AUGGAAGAUAAUGUUGAUGUUAAUGCUACUAAAAAUGAUAUCUUAGACGUUGAAAAUGUUGAUGUUGAAAAUGUUGAUAAUGUUAGUGACAAUGGAAAAAAUAUAUUUGAUUUGAGAAUUUGGGAUUCUCUUGAUUCCAAAAGUAUUGAUUUAUUAGCUACAAAAGGUUCUAAAAGAGAUUUCUCUAUUGUGAAGGGUCCUAAAGAUAAAUCGUCUAGACGCUUUAUGACUAAUUUGUAUACUAGAGUUUUAUCAAAUGGAGAGAAAUGUGAUAGAGAUUGGACUGUUUAUUCAAAAGAGCUUAAUAGAGCAUUUUGUUUUUGUUGCAAGGCUUUUUAA